AUGGCCGGCACCUCGUACUCUUCGUUUGGUAACGAGGAAUAUACAGUAGGAUGGAUUUGCGCCCUACCCCUCGAGUUAACCGCCGCAAGGGGAAUGCUCGACGAGGAGCAUGGUUUGCCCCGAGAAGCACCGGAUUUGGCAGACAAGAACACAUAUGUAUUGGGGUCAAUUGGUCAAUUCAAGAUCGUCAUUGCUUGCCUACCGCUGAUUAGGGAUGGCUCUAUCUCCAUGGGUGUAAUCGCAAACAGGAUGCUUUUCACCUUCCCAAAUAUCCGCGUGGGUUUGCUCGUCGGCAUUGGUGAGGGUAUCCCCGAUCACGAAAAAAAUCGAGACAUUCGUCUUGGGGAUGUGGUCAUUGGAAGUGACGAUGAGACUGGCGGAGUCGUCACGCAUGAUUUCGGGAAGGAAAUCGACAGAGGACUAUUUUAUGCUAUCCCCGCAUUAAAUCGACCUCCGGAAGCUCUGAGCUCAGCCCUGAUGAAAAUGAAAUCCGCCCAUGAUAUGCAGGAAAACAAGGUCGCGGAGUAUAUCGAAGAAAUGCUCGACAAGUACCCCAGGCUUCGGAAGAACGGAUACUGUUACCCUGGACCCUCAUUUGAUCGUCUUUUUCAGUCCGACUACCCACAUCAAGGCAAUUCAUGCAAGCAAUGUGAUCCAGAUAAGCUGGUUGGCCGUCAAGACCGCCUAGGAGAGCUGUUCAGCGUUCAUUACGGGAUUAUUGCAUCUGGCAGUAUGGUCGUGAAGGACUCCAUUAUGCGCGAGAAGAUUCGAGCCAAGUACCAGGCAAUCUGUCUGGAGAGGGGAGCGGCUGAGCUGGUGCAUGGAUUCCCUUGUAUGGUGAUCCGAGGAAUAUGGGACUAUGCGGACUCUCAUAACAAUGACCGCUGGAAGCCAUGUGCUGCGGCCGCGGCUGCUGCGUGUGCAAAGGAGUUACUGAGCCACUUGCAGCCCAGAGUAGUUGACGGAGAACCAACUAUGAAGGAUCUCCUUUCCCGAGUACACAAUGGGGUCAAGGACAUAAGUGAAGCCGUAACAGCCCAACGGAUGCAGAAGAUUCUCCAUUGGAUUACCCCAUUACAUUAUGAGCAGCAGCAAAAUGAAAUUAUCAAGCAGGCGCAAACUGGAACGGGUUCCUGGUUUUUGAAAUCAGAAGAGUUUACUGGUUGGCUGAAUCAGUCGCAGGGGACAUUGUUUUGUCCAGGAAUUCUCGGGUCCGGCAAGACAGUGAUGUCCUCUAUCGUGAUUGAACAUCUCAAAGAGACCUUCCGAGACGACAUUGAAGUACAAAUUGCUUAUGUAUUCUGCAAGUACAAACCGGAGUUUCCACAGUCUUAUCUUGAUAUCUUGCUUAGUAUUCUCAAGCAGUUAUCUGUGACGAACCGCUCUCUUCUCUCAACGACCGAGGAAUUCUACAAGAUGCAUUCGCAGAACCUUGUCCGCCCAAAUAGGGAUGAGAUCCGUGCUCAAAUUUUAAAGACAGCUCUUACGUAUAAGAAGGUCUUCAUUUUGGUCGAUGCGCUUGAUGAAUACAUCUCUUACAACCCAGAAGAACUCAAGGCUUUACUAACUGUGAUUUUCGAGCUCCAGAGAGGAAGCACCGAUCAAUUUCUUUGCAACAUCUAG